AUGCUAAAACGCAAGAAAGGAUGUGGAAUAUACAGGGACACGUUGCAGAAAGAAGCCAGAGAUCGGUAUAUGGAGAAGAUUGGCCUUAUAAAUGGACUGGAUCCGUAUGAAGUCCCUAGUAAGGAAUGGAGUUGUGAUGAUGCCUUACUGCCUAAGUUCACCCUUUCAGAUAUCAUUGCUUAUCUAGUCUGCGGUGUCAGUGCUUAUACUCUGAACGAGUUUAAGUGUUACAAGUCACUAGAAGCCUUCAAACAUGUGAACGCUGGACGUCUGAGUGAUAUGGAGGUCAUUAAACAGGAGGAGAAUGUCGUGGUCAGAGCAGAGGUCAUGCACUCCCAGCGCGUAAACGACCCUCCGCUGAAACCGUGGGUCAUCAUAACUGGCAGCGGGGAGGUCAGCUGUGCCCACUGUACCUGUAUGGCUGGCAUUGCGGAGUCCUGUACACAUGUUGGGGCUCUGCUGUUCGCAAUAGAGUCAACUUACCGCAAACGAGAGGCAAAGACUGUGACAGCUGUCCCGGCAUAUUGGAAAAUUCCAUCAGGGAUCAGGAAAGUCCGUGCAGAGGUGGGUCACAAGAUGGACUUCACAACAGCCAGGGCCAAGCGUAUUGCUCUGGACAGAGCAAUAAACGAGGACAUCCCCAUGCCUGGCCCACGGAGACGGCCCAGUGAACGUCCCACACCACAAUUCACAGAUGAGGACAUGGAACCACUUGUGCGCGUUCUUCAUACGAAACGGGCAGCAUGUGUGUCAAAUUGGCCGGGCUGCUACCCUGAAUAUGCGGACCCUGUGCAGCCUGCGGAGAUGAUCCCAACACUACAAGACCGCCUGCAUGACCCCGGGUUCAUUAAUGCCUCCUUAACAGACAUACUCCAACAUUGUGACACAGUGACACACGUCUCGGCUGUGACACAAGAAGAAGCCCAACACAUUCGCACACUAACACAGACGCAGCACAAGUCAUCAGCCUGGUUUGGAGUACGGGCAGGAAGAGUGACUGCCUCCAUGAUGCACGCGGUUCAAGUGUUCAACCUUGACAAGCCAGCACUGUCCACAGUCAGGAGCGUGUGCUAUCCAACUGCGCACUGUGGAACAGCUGACACACGAUGGGGGAUGGCACAUGAGGACACUGCACGCAAAAUGUACCUAGCAAAACAAGCACCACACCACCCGUGCCUCCAAAUUGAGCAGUGCGGCUUUUACAUCAACCCGGCACCAGAUGGGCUGCUCACCUGUGUCUGCUGUGGAGAAGGCUGCUUGCCACAGCGCACCAGAGUUUUGGCUGUGAAAUCAAAGAAUAGCAAAGCAGCCACAGCACCAGCACCAAAGCAGCAGCGGAAAACAGUGAGGACCCCAAAAUCAGCAAGGAAUGAGACAAAUAAAGAAAAUGUGUGGUGUGUGUACAGAGGGUCUGAGGAGCUAGACACCAUGGUUCGCUGUGACAACAGCAGCUGUGCGACGCAGUGGUUCCACCUCACCUGUGUUGGACUUGAUGCGGCCACUGCAGAAGAGGAGGCAUGGUAUUGUGAUGCUUGCCUCUAA